GCGAGGGUGCAAAAGUUCGUUUAUCGGUAAGUUUUUUCUAAAUUUUCAUGGCCCCUAAUUCGAAUCGUACCAUCAGCGUGAUCAAGUGUAGAUAUUUUAGAAGAACGUGAGGUCAACAUUAGUCGAUAGGUCCUCGAGAAAUGUCAUCGCAAGGAUCCGUAUUCGGUUUUUCAGCUGACCAAAACUGAGGCUGCAACUGGUGUUGUUGUGAGCUUCAUUCAUCAAGACCUGAAGCCUGUCAUACACUGAAGAAUCAUGGUCCUCGGCAGCAGACGAGAUGGUGGAAAAGUUUGUUCCCCACGAAACAUCAAAAGAUUCAGAAGUGCAACUGGAGUUUCUGCCGCACCCUCCACAAGUCCACCAACGAACUCUAAUGUUCAAGUUUUCAUCAGAGUUAGGCCAUUGAAUGGACGAGAAAGAGAAAAAAAUGAUAGGAGUAUUAUCGAUGUUGUGGACUCCACAUCCCUAAUCUUUGAUCCUAAAGAAAGCGAUGUCCCUUUCUUCUACCAUGGCGUCAAACAGAAAUUAAGAGAUCCAACGAAGCGAGUAAAUAAAAACCUUCCGUUGACAUUCGAUCGAGUUUUUGAUCAAUAUGCAGACAAUAAUGAAGUUUAUGAGCAUACCACAAAAGAUGUCAUCAAAACUCUGUUUGAAGGUUACAACUGCUCAGUUUUUAGCUACGGAGCAACUGGAGCUGGAAAAACAUACACAAUGCUUGGAAACGAUGAGAACAAAGGUAUCAUGUACUUGACCAUGGUGGCUCUCUACGCUGAGCUUGAAAAAUUGCGGGAAGAUCAUGACAUCACGCUUGUUGUGGGUUACAUCGAGGUCUAUAACGAGGUAGUCCACGAUCUGCUCAACCCCGAAUCCAAGCAGCUGCAUCUUCUUGAAAGGAAUGGAGACGUAGUGAUCAGUGGAAUGAAAGUGAUAGAGAUCAAUUCAGAGGACGAAUUAUUUGAGCGACUGGUAGAAGGAAACAAACACAGGACCCAGCAUCCCACUGAUGCUAAUGCUGAGUCAUCUCGGAGUCAUGCUAUUUUCCAAGUAUUUGUCAAACUGGCGCCAAAAGGUACUGACCAGUUCAAACAUUUCAAACUUUCAAUGAUUGAUCUUGCUGGUUCCGAGAGGGCAUCCGCCACCCAAAAUGUCAAAGCAAGGUUCAAUGAAGGCUCGAACAUCAAUAAAUCGCUUCUAGCUUUAGGAAAUGUGAUUAAUGCCCUAGCGGAUAACCAGCGGCAUAUUCCGUAUCGUGACUCAAAGUUAACCAGGAUUCUAAAGGACAGUUUAGGCGGGAAUUGCAAAACUAUUAUGAUUGCAAAUGUAUCACCGGCACAGAUAGCCUAUGAAGAUACCUACAACACAUUGAAAUAUGCGGAUCGUGCCAAGAAAAUCAAAUCUAAGCUGCAAAAGAACAUUGUCUCUAUGAACUGUAACCCGCUGCAAUAUAAGAAAAUGAAUGACGACCUCAAAAGAGAGUUGAGUCUGCUCAAAGCUCAAAACCAGAAACUCCAAAGCCAAAUUGCCAAUGAGCGUCCUCCGAGUAGCAGCUGCAAAUGCAAGCCAUUGGCGCAAAUCAAGGAAUGGAAGGACAAGCUGAACAAAGUAUUCGGAGAAAAAGAAAGUAUCACCAAGGAAAUCCUGCUCCUAGAAUCACAGAAACAAAUUCUCCAAUGGCGAAUAAAGUGCAAGCAUUUUGAUCUCGAACGAGUUUCCAAGCUAGAGAAUGGAAUCGAGUCAUCUGGCAAGGGUCGUACAAAAUUAGAAUCAAGCCUUGCUCAACUAGAAGGAAGAGUAGUUGGAGUGAUGGAUGCCAUUUCUCAAGCGGAAACAAAAUUAAAGACAAAUUCAUUAGCGAUCAAAGAUUUAGUCAAAGAAUUAAAGAAAAAUAAUCUGUACAAUAGUUUAUCUGUAGAUAUUAGAAAUUUAGAACUAACGUUACGAAAUAAUGAUCUAGAACAAAGGUAUGCCCAUGGCGAAAAAUUAAGUAGACUUCAAAGCUCGCGCCAGGAAGUGUGGGAACAACAGUUGACAAAAACGUCGAAUAUGAUUAUGAAAUACUUCCUACUCCUCAAGGGCUUCAACAAAGUCACAAACGAAAUGGAAAUGGAAUAUAAGAAUUUCUGGAAGGAAAUGAAAGCUGUCACCUGGGAUGAUGAUGAUGUCAAUAUGGAGCAAGCUUCUAAUAAUAACUUCAUUUUACGGCCAAUCCAAUUAUUUUCAUCUGAUUCUGCGCAGUCAUCGCCAGAGUUACCAACCCUAGUUGUUAAUCAGCCUCCGGCACCAGGGCCCGGUGAUCCAGUUUCUACCAGUAGUAAUCCACUUAGACCAAUUAACUCUAGUAAUUUAGAUGGUACUUUCACGAUGCCAAAUAAUCUGAAACUUCCCUCUCCACCCAGAAGCAUGAAAAAGAAGCCCAUGAACAACUGGAAGCAGAGAGUAGGCUUAGCCUCCAGCAGGAAGACACCUCUAAGGGACAUGCUUCAGCCGAAUGUGAAGUACGGCUUGAACAAAGAAAAUAAACCUCUACCCAGUGCCAAAAUGCUGCCGCCCAGUAGGACACCUCGUGGCGCCAACUUUAAAUCAGUUACAGCUCAUCUCCCGACGCCAGGUAAAACUGCCACUUUAUCAACGGCAAUGAAGAAAUCAGCACAGGGUAAAAGAAGAAAUUCUUUAAACAAGUUGCUGCCUAGAGAUAACAUGAAAAGGAGGAGCAUGCUCAAAACAUUAGUGGAUGCCAAUCAGUUAAGUGCCGUACAGUUCUCGAAAACGCCUGCACGAUUUAGGACAAAAUAGUGAGAAUAGUAGACAACUAAGCGUCAAAGUAAAGAAGCCGGUUGAAAGGAAACCGUGCGUCGAUUUGAACUCGACCUAUGAACUUGGUGUUUGAAAUAACAGCUUCAUCGCUUUUUUUUUAUCAAGUAUCAAGUAACUAAUAAGCUUUUAAUCCCCACCACUGUUUUAUUGUAAUUUUUGUAUCAUUAAUGUAGAACUAAAAUGUACUAAGAAUUUAAAAAAUGUGUAAUUAUUGAAAUUUUUAACUUUUUAACUAUUUUGUAACUAUUUCAAUUUUUUAAAUUUUACAACUGCCUAAUUAUUUGUUUUUUAUUUAACCGUGUAAAUACAUGUGAUUCAAUAAUUGCUUUAACUUUUAGAAGAUUUAAUGUAUGCCUGAGCAACAGCUCACGAAAAAAAGAACAAAAAUUAAUAAAAAAAAAAAAAACUAAAUUAUAAUGUUUAUAAAAAUUAGACAUGAAAAAUGACCUUCAUUUUAGGUUGUAACAAAAGAUCUUCUGUUCGAUUAUCAAUUUAAUAAAUUUAUUUUGAUGGUGA